UUCAGACAACAUCACCAACAGCUUGGUCUGUGCGUGUGUGUGUGUACGGGGGAAAGCAGAGAGCGAGCGAGAGGCAGCGUGUGAGCGGCAGAGAGAGAGCGACACCGAGAGCGCGAGAGAGAGAGAGAGCAGAGAAGGGGGAGGCUCCAUAUUCUUUCACCUACCCCCCGUCAAACCACAGGAAGGAGGGGCCAGACCCUAAACUGCCAAUCAAAUCCGCUCAUGGCAGCCGGCAUUAUCUCAGCAACAAACUAUUGACAGAUUACAUGUCAAGGAGUUUAGUGCAUGAUUGAAGGAAGCCUUUUUUUUUUUUAAAUCUAGUUACUUUUCCGCUUUAUUUCCCCCUCCACCAACCAACAUUCAAAUGACUUUCUGACAGAGUUGAGUCAUAUUAUGAAAGUUACAUGUCUGAGAGGAUUUAACUUCGACUUCCCUGAAUAUGCUGAAAGGAGUUUAUGCACUGAAACGACCUCAGGAAAAUUCAAGAUGGCCUCCAAAAGGAAGGGUGGCCUAAAACUCAAUGCUAUCUGUGCCAAGCUGAGCCGUCAGGUGGUGUUCGACACCAGCUCCCAGAAUGCAGAGGGUGACCAGAGUGUAGCAGAAAACAGUGAGUGUGGCAGUUCCCACGACGAGGACAAUGAGACCAACUUCCCUGAGAGCCCGAAUCUCAGUCAGAGUCUGGAGGAGGACCAGAAGAGACGCGAGGCCAUUGAGAAGUGGGUGAAUGGCGAGUACGGCGAAGAGCCGCCGGCACCCGGCCGCGAGCACAAACUCAAAGUCAGCAAUGCCGAAGAUGGCCCUCCCCACGGCGUGUACAUGGUACACCCCACAGGCUGCAGCGACGACGAGGACAACGCGGAGGAGGCCGAGCCGGUGGCAGGCUCCCAGGAUGGCAGUUACCGUGACGACAAAGAAGCUGAAGACAGGCCUUCAAAAGACACCUACAUGCCACAGCGCGAGGCCCAGAGUCGCCAAGCACCUUUCUCCACCACAGGAGAAGCAUCUGCUCUGCGAGACUAUGCAGCCAACACCAUGAAUGAAUAUUUGGGAAUGUUCGGUUACGAUGAACAGCAGGUAAGGGAUGAGCAGACCAAGAAGAUCAGCUUCGAGAAGCUCAAAGCCGCUACCUCAGACCCGUCAUCCCUCAGCAGCGAGGAGGCCUCACGGCGUGCCCGCUUCUCGAAGUACGAAGAGUACAUCCGUAAGCUAAAAGCCGGCGAGACGCUUCCUUGGCCCAUGCAUGCUGCCCCACCCAAACCAGAAGACCUCAACCCAAAACUGGCCCCAGACAAGAGCGCUAGCAUGCUCCACACCCCUAGUUGCCUCCCGGGGGCCGAGGCACAGGUCUACCCCCCCAGCCUAGACCACAAACAGCCAGGAGGACCUCAGCUGGGCACUUCUCAGCCACCGAAUCCCUCUCACAUCCAGAACAUGGCGUCCCGAGCCUCCAAGUAUGACUUCUUUAUUCAGAAGCUGAAGAUGGGUGAAAGUCUACAGCAGCAGAACGGUACUGCAUACAAGCGACCCUCCAAGUACGACCUUGAGAACGUCAAGUUUCUGCACCUCUUCAAGCCUGGUGAGGGCAACCCUGACAUGGGCGGCGCCAUAGCCUUCAAGACUUGCAAAGUGGGCCGGCCUUCAAAGUAUGACGUCAGAACAAUUCAGAAGCUGAUGCCGGGAAAUCCCGAGGCCUCAUUGAUGCCCAAUGUCCUCGCUACAGCACCAGGGAACCCAGGAGCCCCUGGUGUCCCCACUGUGGGUGCAGCUGGGGCCAGCAUCGCCCCAGGGCUCACAAUGGACCAGACCGGACAAAUAAGCUUCAACGCCGCUGACUACCUGAAGUCCAGCUUUUCCAAGACUGACUCCAUCACCACAGGCACUGUGUCCUCUGUUAAGAAUGGCCUGCCACCAGAUAAACCCGCCAGCGACGACAUCAACCUCUACCAGAAAUAUAUUGCCAGAGACAAAAACAUCAGGGGAAGGGAGGUAUCUUGCUUUUCAAUGGACACUGAACAAUGUCCCCCAUUCCGGAAUCAUUUUGAGCCGACACUAGAAAGGUUCUCUGGAAGUCAACACUGUGGACACGUGCACUGUGCCUACCAGUACAGGGAGCAUUACCACUGCAUGGACCCUGAGUGUAACUACCAGGUGAGCAGGUUUACCAGUAAGCAGGAUGUAAUCAGGCACUACAACAUGCACAAGAAGAGGGACAACUCUCUGCAGCAUGGCUUCAUGCGCUUCAGCCCUCUGGACGACUGCAGUGUCUACUACCAUGGCUGCCACCUCAAUGGAAAAAGCACCCAUUACCACUGCAUGCAGAUGGGCUGCAGCAAGGUGUACACCAGCACCUCCGAUGUCAUGACCCAUGAAAACUUCCAUAAAAAGAACGCCCAGCUGAUCAACGAUGGCUUCCAGAGAUUUCGUGCCACUGAGGACUGCGGCACCGUCUGCUGUCAAUUCUACGGGCAGAAGACCACACACUUCCACUGCAGGCGCCCCGGAUGCACAUUCACCUUCAAGAACAAGUGUGACAUUGAGAAGCACAAGAGCUACCACAUCAAGGACGAUGCCUACGCCAAAGACGGCUUCAAGAAGUUCUACAAGUAUGAGGAGUGCAAGUACGAGGGCUGCGUCUACAGCAAAGCCACCAACCACUUCCAUUGCAUCCGCUCGGGCUGCGGCUUCACCUUUACCUCCACGAGCCAGAUGACCUCUCACAAGCGCAAACACGAGCGCCGGCACAUCCGCUCCUCCGGGGUCAUGGGCCUCUCUUCCGCCUAUAUGGUGCCAAAGGAUGAGCAAGAGGAAUCGAGCAACGACGACCUGAUGGACUUCUCGAACAUCAGCAGCAAGAACUCCAGCCUGAGUGCCUCGCCGACCACCCAGCAGUCCACCUCUGUAUCGCACCUGUUGGCCACACCCACCACCUCCGUCUCCUCCUCCUCGACAUCGGGCCAUGCCCUCAAACCCACAUCCUCGCUGUCCAGUGCUGGCCAGCGUAUGUCCAGCCUGCUGUCCCAGGCCCUGCCCAGCAACAUGCCGGUGGCCCUUGCUCUCUCCAACAGUGCCAUGGCCGCCUCCAACCCGUUCUUCCCCCUCAUCCCCAGGAUGCCUCACCAACCACCUCCACCGGCCGCGAGCCUGAUGUCCGCCGUCUCUUCUGGGGCUCACUCCAUGCCCACCGACUCACUGACCCAAGGUUGCUCCACAAUAGGUGCCGACGGAGCCAUGGCCUUCACCCCAUCAUCCUUCGCCACCUCCUCCAUCGUGGAGAAGAUCUCGGCAAGCAAGGGUCUGAUAUCCCCCAUGAUGGCCCGACUGGCAGCUGCUGCCCUGAAGCCCUCCAACCACCUCAACAUAGGGAAUGGGCAGUCGGCUUCAGCGAGCCAGUUCAAUCUGGUUCAAGUGAAGCAGGAGCCGAUGGACAUCAGCACCACGCAGGAGCAAAGCCUGGACCUGAGCAAGAAGGACCACAGUAAUGAAUCAAACGGACACCCUGUACCAGGGAAUACAUCUCUUUUAUCCUCGCUUAUGAAUAAGAUGUCACAGGUGAACCCUGCCCUGUUCAACGCCAUGAACCUGAAGACGGAGCUGGAGGCCGGCCAGGGGGGCAACACCUCGGAGGCAGCACACUUCCUGAACAGAGUGCUGAAGAGGCCCCUGCCAGAAAAAUCCACCGAGAUCUGGAGGACAUACCUCCGCAGGUUUGACACAGAUGACUUCUGUGAGGCUCAGUGUGACUUCCUCCAGAAAGUGCACUUUCACUGCCUGGUGGAGGACUGUGGGGCUCUCUUCAGCACUGUGGAUGGGGCCAUAAAACAUGCUAGCUUCCACCUCCGUGCCACCUUGAAAGUGAAGUCAGAGCCUCAGUUCGGCGAGGGCAAGGACUCCAGUGAGGGGGCCUCGCUGCAGCCUGCUGCCCCGGUCUCCAUGGCCAACAAUCCCUCCAUGGACGUGGCACACCUCACCUCCUCUGGCGGGUACAGCUCUCCUCCUCCCGCCCUGCUGGCCUGGAAGCAGCUGACCGGCAGCAUCCCUCAGAUGUCGGCCUCGAUGCCCAACCUGCCAGCCAACUCCCCUCUGGCCACCACCUCCCUGGAGAACGCUAGACCCCAGGUCAAACCUGGUUUCCUACAGUUUCAGGAAAAUGAUCCCUGUUUGGCUACCGACUGUAAAUACUGUAACAAGUUCCACUUCCACUGCUUGUUUGGGAAUUGCAAGUAUGUGUGCAAGACGUCUGGCAAGGCCGAGUCCCACUGCUUGGACCACAUCAACCCCAACAACACCCUGAUCAACGUCCGUGACCAGUUCUCCUACUACUCUCUCCAGUGUCUCUGUCCCAACCAGCACUGCGAGUUCAGAAUGAGGGGCCACUAUCACUGUCUGCGGCCCGGCUGCUUCUUCAUCACUAACAUCACCACCAAGCUGCCGUGGCACGUGAAGAAGCACGAAAAGGCAGAACGCCGUGCCGCCAAUGGCUUCAAAUACUUCACCAAGAGGGAGGUGUGUGGCAGGCUCGGUUGCAAGUAUAACCAAGUCAACAGCCACUUCCACUGCAUCCGCGACGGCUGCCAGUUCUCCUUCCUGCUCAAGCACCAGAUGACCUCACAUGCACGCAAACACAUGAGGCGGAUGCUCGGGAAGAACUUUGACAGAGUCCCGUCACAGGCGAUGCAACAGAGGCCAGACGAGUCCGGCAUGAUGGGGACCCAUCCUGGUGUCAACAGCUUCAUGGACGAGACGGACGAGUACAUGGACUACAUGGGAGGAGGGGGCAGCCCCCUGGGCCUCUCCUCCGAGUCCUCCAACCAGGACCGGAGCUGCAGCAGCACACCUGGAGGCAACGAUGGUUCUCCAGCAGGACACGGCUGGGCCGCCACCACUUCUGCUCCUACCACCCCUGCUGACACUAGCGCUACCCAACAUGCACCUCCUUCUCCUCCACCGCCACCAUCUCUUCCUCUCUUCGCUCUUCAGCCUGGCCUCCAGUCCCAGGCCUCAUCCCUCUCUCCCGCUCUCCUCCGACCUCCUCUGUCCUCACUCCCAUACCUCCUCUCUCCAUCCUGUCUGUCAUACUCUCUGCUCAGCGCCUCUCUGGGAGCCACUCGGAGUGUUGUCAUGCCAACCAACACGCCAGCUUUCAGCCCCAUCAUUGCCACUCCGCCUCCAGUUAAAAAUGACGUCCCUAUAGUACAGGAUGCUGCAGGCAACACCAUCUCCAUUCCCACGGCCACCGGGGCAAAGAAGCGCUUCUGGAUCAUCGAGGACAUGUCCCCGUUCGGCAAGCGGCGCAAGACCCCGUCGUCGCGUAAGAUGCUGGAUGAGGGGAUGAUGCUGGAGGGCUUCAGGCGCUACGACCUCUACGAGAACUGCAAGGACCCGGGCUGCCAGUUCUCCCUGAAAGUGACCCACUACCACUGCACGCGCGAGAACUGCGGCUACAAGUUCUGCGGCCGCACCCACAUGUACAAGCACGCGCAGCACCACGACCGCGUGGACAACCUGGUGCUGGACGACUUCAAGCGCUUCAAAUCCUCGCUCAGCUGCAACUUCCCCGACUGCCAGUUCUCAGGCAACAGCACCCACUUCCACUGCCUGCGCUGCGGCUUCCGCUGCACCGACAGCACCAAGGUGACGGCCCACCGCAAGCACCACGGCAAGCAAGAUGUGAUCAGCGCCGCCGGCUUCUGCCAGUUCAGCUCCAGCGUCGAUUGCGAGGUCCCCGACUGCAAGUAUAAGCUCAAGUGCUCGCACUUCCACUGCACCUUCCCUGAGUGCAAGCACACAGUGGUGGGCAUGUCCCAGAUGGACUCCCACAAGAGGAAGCACGAGAAGCAGGAGCGCGGCGACCUGCCGUCCGUGUCGCCCAAGCAGGAAGCGGGGCACCACCUGGGAGGCGGCGUGUCCACGGUGCCUCUGCUCUCCAUGGGCCUUUCUUCGUCCUCUUCCUCACCGAGCGUCGUCUACGGUUUGCCCCGCAGCAUCACCAGCAGCGCUCCCUCCAUGCUCUAUCCACCCGGUGGCAUCGGGUUGGAGUACAACCACCUGUACCAACCGUCCUCCAUCAGCCUGGACGGCUCCCUCAACCUGGGCACCGACACCAGCAGCUCCCUGUUCUUCCUGAAGAACGCCGUCGGGCUGGGUCUCAGCGACUCGCUGGACCUCAGCAAGAGAAUGCACCAAGAGGCGAUGCGAUCCGGCCACAACCCGGAGCCCCCGCCGGGUCUGCCGGCGGCUCAGGACGACACCACGUCCGGAGAGGCCGAGGACGACCUGUCGCCAGAGGAGGAGGCGCACGCAGAGGAGGAGGAGGAGGAUGAUGAUGAUGAUGAUGAUGAGGAGGAGGAUGAGGAGGAUGAGGCAGAGCUCAACAGUGACUCGAAUGAUGAUUCGAUGCCGGAGCCUCAUGCUGAGAAGGACAAUGACGAGAGUUUUGAUGCUUCUCUUAGCCACACUGAUACGUCCCAACUGGAAAACAAUUGAGAGAAAGACUGCCAGAGACUGUAGGGAUGAAGAAACACUCCGUGUACUAUGAACCAACGACAAUGGGAGUGGCCUCAUUUAUCAUGUCAAGAGACUUCAGACGACGACAAAAAACAACAGCGUGGGGAAAAAAAAUGACGGCCCAAAAUGAUUUAUUAUGAUGUUUACAAGAUGACCAACAUUAUUAAUUCAAUUAUGCAUUAAAAAAAAUACGAACGGAGACACAGAAUUAGGCCCUGGUUUACACACAGGGCGGCAAUGUAAAGCAUUUUACUACACAUCAGUCUUUUUGUGUGCGUGCAUGUUUGACUUUAAUUUAUUUUAAUUUGUUUCACUUUUUUGUGUGGAUAAAAAAAACUGUUAGAAAAACAAAAACAAAUCUCUCUAUAUAACUAUAUAUGUAAGUGUGUGUGUGAGUGUGUGUGUGUGUGUGUGUGUGAGCGCCGAUAUAGAAAAGGAAAUUGCUGGUACAGUCGACAUGAACUGCAGGGCCGUGAAUGCAUAGAAAAGGGAGGUAGAUCACUACUAGGGGAAACAGGAUACAUUCAAACAUUUUAAAUUUUUUUUCUGUAUUAUUAUUAUUAUGAGACACACUGAGUGAAAAGGGAGUGACAUGUUGCUGGUUCCCAUCGCUCUCAGAGGUUUUUCUUUGUUGUGGAAUUGACCAGUACAUAUUUGGUCACCUAGCACCAAAAACCAAGCUCCGCCCUUAUAAUGUCGCCCCCCUGCAGAGGAAUCAAGUGUGUGUGUGUGUGUGUGUGUGUGUGUGUGUGUGUGUGAAUAGUGCACUUUUAUAUUAGCUGACCACGAUGAUUACGACGAUGAUAGAUAACUCAUAAGCAUAUUUAAAAAAAUAUUUUUGUUACCAUUUGCAUCUUUGCAUUAUUAUGUUGUUUGGUUGUGUUUGUCCGAAGCAUAUCGAUCUGUAAGCAGGCGAGGUUGUGAUUAACGGCCUGAGAGUCGGGAUGUGAUGGGGGGGGGGGGGGGGGUGACCAGAGAAAAUGAUGAGUCACUCAGAUGCAGAGCGAGGGGGGCGUCAGUGUGUUUUAUGUUUGAAAAUUUACUGACCGAAAAAAUGUCUCAAUGGCAUUUUGGUUCCAUUCACUCCGGCUGUGGUUGAGCUCCUGUUGUAACGGUUUUUAUUUAAUAUUUAUGUGACCUUCCAAUGAAAAUUUUUCUAGGGUGUUAUUGCACUUUUUAGGUUCAUUUUUACCGUCUGAAAAAAAAAAAGAUAAAUAUCUUUUAACAGGGAAUUUUGCUUUAAAGAUGUUUUAGUUCACUUUUGCUUUAAUGCACAAAUAGAUGUUAGUGUGACGAGAACUGUUGUUCUGUGAUUUAUUUAAAGACUGGUUUUUGUUUUGCUUCCGUGAUUCGACAGUUUUAAAAGAAGUAAACGGGUGAAACACACAGCGCCCUGAUGAAAAACACUAAUACGGACUGGGAUUUUAAAUGAAUUCUUAAGAAGUUCAUGGCAAUGCUCACUUACUGUAGUUCUAAAUAAUAAACCUGUCAACGCCACCCGCUGGUUCAUAUUGAGCGAAUAUGUUCGACCGACAAGUGGACACGCUGAUCAUGAAUAAUCUCCUGAGCUUGGCAUUGGAAAUAAACGAUCAUAAUAUAGGGAAUAAUGUGUGUCGAUGAUAUUCCUCCGGAUAUUGUUUUAAGAAGAAAAAAAAGGUUGUACAGUAUUUUCCUCUGUAAAAGAAUAACUAUAUAUGAACAAAAUGCUCUUUCGUGAACAGCUUCCUUUAAAAAGAAAAGCGUUAAAAAGGAGAAAUGAAUAAUAAAAAGUAAACAAUUAAAAUAGCCUCAUCAUAGUUUGCUUGUGUGCGUGCCCUUUUCUUUUUAAAAUUACCCCAGAUCUUUUGGAACAAGUAGUUCAUACUGUAGCAUUGGCAGAUUCCAUUAUGAUGUUUGCAGUAUCUAGAUUUUUUUUUUCCUUUUUCCAAACUAUGUCAGAAGCUCAAACUAAAAUACACUGAUUUGAAUUCAUUCAUCGAUGUUUCCGUUUUAUUCAUUGUCAUUUAUCUUUGUGUGCUUUUUUUUCCUUUUUUUCUCAUGAAUUGAAAUGCUUGGUUUCUGUUGACUUUGCUGUGGGCGCGCCUCGGUCAGACUCGGGACCCUGGUUUUGUUUUCUCAUCAGAUAACCGUCGGGGCUGGGAGACAUUGUGCACUUGAAUUCAGUUUAUGUUUGUGUGUGUCUGUGUAUGUUUGAGUGUGUGAGGGUGUGAAAUAGCAGGAUUUGUAAAAAGUUGAAAAUAAAGAAACUAUAAUUAUUAUAACUAUAUACAUGUAGUGAUUGGUAGUGCUUCAGCCUGAGGACAUGUUGGGUCCUGUGAGGAGGGGAACGGUGCUGCCGGACGACAGCAGGGCAAAAGGUCACGACAGAGAUCUCUCUGUCUGUUUCUAUCUGUCAGUGACACUACUGAAGUCAGAGCGUGUGUGUCUGUGUGUGUAAUUGUGUGUGUGUGUCUCCCUGUGAGAGAGACAGACAGGCCACGAAACACAGGCCUGUGGCUCCGUCCCAGCUGCUCAGAGAUUUGAUUCAUACUUUAUGACCUUUUGCGCCUUUUUCCUGCUUUGUUCCGCUUUAAAUCCAACUGGGACACUUUUAUGUCACAGAAUUUGAAGGAACCAACAAACAAUUUUUUUUUUUUUUUAAACAAACAAAACAAAUAUCUGCAUUUAUGCAGGUAGAGGAGUCAACAAUAUUUGUUGUUGGGGUCACCCGUUGUUCAUGCUUGACAUUCUGGUGCGAGAACAAGAUCAGAGCCGAGGACCAUUAGGGAGAUUUGGAGGCCUGCUGCCGCUAACAAGAUGGCUCUCUGCGUCUUGUUCAGUGUUAACAGGGCACUUUUUUUUUUUUGUUGCCUUGAGCCAUGUGCUGGGUUCUCCUCCCACUGGCUCAUGUCACCCAGUGGCCAAUGUGCUGGUUCUCUCUGUCCCUUCGUCUACAGCUGUUCCUGCCCUUCCUUCUUCUCUUCCUUGUGAUGUUUUUUUUUUUUUUUUUUUUAUAAAAAAAAAUUGGGUAAAGGCAUCACCAUCUGUCAGCCAGCUGGCAUCCUGUAUAUAAUCUACCAGAAAAAAAAGAAUAAACAUGAAAAUUAUAUUACACAAAAACCAGACGGAAACGACCUCCAAAUCUUUGUGCAUCGGCUGCUGCCGAAACGACAGAUCAUUUUACUGUUUUAAUUAACGGAGUAAAAAGGAUGAUAUAAAAAAGUGGUGGAGAAAUAAACUGAGAUGAAUUUCCACUGCUGGGAGAAAUGUAAUAUGAAAGCCUCCUGCUUACUGCAGUGUAGUAGAUAAACAACAUUUUAGACUUUGUAAAAUAUAUUGCACUUUUGGACUAAAAGCCAUCUCCCGUUUGCGUUCAAUUUUGCUCAUGAGACAUUUUAUAUGAAAAGUAAACGAAGCAAUUUUUUACUUGAAUUUGUUGCCCUCAGCACUGCUAUUCAUUCUUGUCGUAUUGCUUAUUUCCACUUGGAUACAGUGCUGUUCAUCUUCAUUGGGCUAUAUUUAUGUUUUUCUUCUGUUUCUGCAUGUCUUAUGCAAAGAUUGAGCUUUUCACUCAGUGAAAUAAAAACAUACUGAACGACUUUA